AUGGAUCUUGACGCCGUCAACCUCGCGAGACGCGCGUGGUCCGACCUUCUUGAUACAGGAUAUAACACAGCUGCACCUCCUCGUCCACUAUAUUCCCUCGUAUGGCGCCUUCAAUUGGGCGGAUUCGAUGCGGCAGCACCAGAAACCUGGGCAGCGGCAGCUCAUGUUCAACGACGCGCGUAUCGUCAUCUCUGUACGCGGUAUACGGAACGUGUGAAUGCGUCCUUGCAACCUGGUGUGCCUGAUGACGCACAUCCCUUGCAAGGCGGAGGCAAGACCCUGUGGCAAACCCAAAAAGAAACACAAGAAUUAUUGGCCUUGAUCGAACUGGACUUGCAACGACUUGCCUCGCCUCUUUCGACGGAAGAGAUGCCAUCCUUAUCACGCAUUUUGACGGUAUGGUCGUAUGCUAAUACCGAUAUAGGCUACCGACAAGGCAUGCACGAGAUUGUUUCGCGGCUUUGGUCCAUUCGUUCGCGUGAAUCUCUUCCCUGUACCACGUCGGUACUACGUGCGCAUGUCCUAGAUGCAGCGGCACUGCAUACACUCUUGGAUGCUGAAGCCGUGGAGGCGGAUACAUUUUUUCUCUUCUCUCACUUGAUGCAGAGAAUCGCGCCGUAUUACCUCACUGAGCGCAGCAAUUCUCCAGCGCUCAUCAAGGCUGUGCUUCAUCGCGUAGACCCCUUACUAGGGCAGCACUUGGCCUCUCUCCAGCUGGAUUGGCCGCCUAUUUUAUUACGUUGGCAUCGAUUGCUAUUUAUGCAUGAGUGCUCUGAAGACGUCUGCGACAAACUGUGGGACAUGAUCUUUAUCCUCGAUCCUCAGUUGCAUAUUGUACCUUACCUGUCUACGACCAUCGUUCUUUCUCACCGUUCUAUACUUAUGGAGGCUGACUAUAUCAGCGCCAUGCAGCUGCUCAUGCGAGAUAAAGUCCUUGAUCAGCCCACUACCCUUGUCCAGGAAGCCUCCCAACUGCAAUCCAAUCCCUCCCCUGAGAAAGGCGCCAUCAUUGCUGCAGCUCACAACCAACAAUGGCAGGCCCAGGAUCUGCCAAAAGCCUCCAUCGAUACUGCCAAAGCUCUACUAUACGAGCUGACCAGUGCGGGCACGCAGCGGCUUUUUGCCCAUACCCCUACUCCCUCUUCGACAGAGUGGAGUCCUGGCGCUGAGGCACGUCUACAAACAGGCACCUCCGAUACCGCUGAACAGCGCCGGCGGGCCAUGCUGUCCUUGGAAGAUACCCAAUAG